UAACAAUUCACCACUGCCAAAUUCACCACGAUCCCUCUUUUUCAGCAUUUGGAGGAACGGUUGGUUAAUGUUUGCGCAUGUCGAAAGGCCGAUGUUCAAAAUCCAAGAUGGCGGCUAUAUCGACUGUCAUGGCGGAAAAAAUUUACACUGGUCUGAACAAAGGAAGAACCUUGUUUUGUACAUGUUUACAAUUGAAUACAUAAAAAAAGCGAACUUUCCCCUUCCUCAGCACUUGUUGUUUACACCCCCACCCAUCUGCACUGCCUUGUAUUGUCGUUCCAGUUGUCGCUUUCUUUCAACAGUGAUUCUCGCUUGAUAUCGUUGCGUCGUGUCGCUCCUUUGGUGUUCCUGUGGAUAUAGAUUUGAAAGAGGAUUAGCGGAUAUAAUAGAAACAUGGCUGAUAAUAAUGAGACACCCAAUAAUGAAAGAAACAGAGCAGUUCUACCGACUUCGUCUCGUGGCAUCACCAUCAUAGACAACAUAUUGAUAGUUCCGCCGAAAGCUGUUCAUUCCAGCACUUCCCGAUCAUCAUCUCCGCCAGCUUUUAUGCAUAUUAGUGCCCCCCUACAAUCAACAUCCACAGCAACGCAUUCUCGUCCUCACUCACAACCAGGAUCAACAAAACCUGCGAUUCCUCCUAAACCCAAAGUUCUUUCUGAUCCUGCUUCUGUUCCUAAACUUCCAAUGGCUCCAAAAACUAGCACAACAUUCAAACCUACAGUAGCACCAAAACCGGCAAUAGCAUCCAAACCACCAAUAGCAUCCAAACCACCAAUAGCACCUAAACCAUCAGUAUCUGCAACUGAUAUCGCAUAUUCAAAGAUGAAUCGAGAAGAAAGGAUUGAAAGGAAGAUUGACAUUGCUGUUAAAAUGCUGGAGAAGUUAUCACCGCAGGUUUCGAUGAUAAUGAACAACGUGUGUAGAAACGAAUAUACCGUCCCUAGGUCAUUUGAAGUAGACAGGAUAAGCGAUGAACAUAGCCUAAACAAAUUUGAACAAUCGUUACAAAAUGGUACGUAUAUGGUAAACCUAGUUUGUCAAAUCGUGCAUAUAUUAACGGAUGUCACAGAUUUUGACAAACGGUUAACAAUUGUUCUCGAUCUUUUUUUCGAAAAAGAUUUUUUGAAGAAAUGUUGCUGGACCGGAGAAGGCAAGCAGGGACCUAAAAUUUGCUUCUCGAAGUAUACGCAAAUUUUAAGUCUACUAAAAUUGAUUGGAGGCAAUCGAUUGACAGAGCUUACUGACGCCUACGUAAAAACAUUCCUAAACAAAAAAUUUUACAAUUGCAAGCCUUCAAAAAUCGAAAAGUUAGAAACGACAAAGAAACGAAGAAUAUCAGAAACGUAAUUUUUAUAUCAGGGAUAUAGUUAUUAGUUAUAAGCUUUUUAGAUAUUUUUUUCCUUUCGUUAUGAUGAACUGUGAUGAACUAUACCAAAUAGGGAUAAUAGGUUAAGUUUCUUUCAACUGUAUUACGAAUAUCAAAACUGAAAUUAAAUGUGAUAAAUAAU